GCUGCAUGGAUCUUCAUCACAAUGCCCAGGAACUCACUAUGACAGAGCCGAGCCCCAUUCUGACACUGACACACAGGAUUUCUCUCAGCCUGUGGUGGUGACUGUUUCCAUAAUGGAUGAAAAAUUUCGAGAAGACCAUGUUGCCAUCAGUGAUAUGGCCAGUACAAUGAUGGACAAUAAUCCUUACGAAGAUCUUGAUGGCAUAAGUGACAACUCUCUGAACCCAGUGUCUGCAAAAAGUUUUAAUCUGCCUUCAAACCAAACUCCGAUGGAUGAAGCAGAACUAGUUUUAAAACGGCAUAAAAAUUCUGAAAUUUCAAGUAGCCAGUAUGGCAUUAAUAUUUUUGUGAUUGGAUUUCUUCUUAUGUUUCUUUGCUCUUUUGAUAUCGCUGGAGUGAGAAAAUGUGAUUGGAUGAUAUUCUUGGUCGUGCUGGUGUUGAUCCAAAUCUUAUGGAUGCUAUGGUAUAUCUACGUAAGUCACGCUUGCACUCAGAAACAAAAAGAGAAGGACUCCAACGCAGGAGCUAGAUGGUUAAGAUGUGGAAUAGCCAUAUUUGCAAUAACCACCUUAAUCAUGGACUUCUUGAAGCUGGGCCACUUUGUUGGAUAUAUGGAAUGCAUGCCAUUAAUUGAAGGGAUUUACCCAGCUGCACAUAUUGUUCAUACGAUCGUCCAGGUCUACUUUCUCUGGUAUCAUUCCAAGGAUGUCAUCAAGUCCUUCAAAACUGUGGAAAGGUUUGGAUUAAUCCACUCUGUGUUUACAAACUUACUCCUGUGGGUAAGUGCAGUGACAACAGAAUCAAAACAUCAACUUGAAGAACAUAUGGCACGGCUGACCUCCCUUGGAUUCAACAAUAUAACUCUUGAUCCAGGCCACCCACACUGUAACUGUACAACUGGUAUGUGUGAUGCAUUUUCCAUAGGUACAUAUUAUGUUUACCCAUUCAACAUAGAGUAUCAUAUUUUAGCUUCUGCAAUGUUGUAUGUCCUGUGGAAGAAUAUUGGGCGCAGCAUCAAACAUCGCCAUCAUAAAACUAAUCUAAAAUUUCAAGGUGUGGUUGUCGGGGUUAUUUUUGGACUCAUUGUCCUGGCUGUAACAAUCGGAGUUGUUGUCCUUUAUUUGCUCAACAUCGGACGCUCAAAGCAAAGUAGCGAGGCGGCAUUAACUGUUUACUACUUGUAUUCUGUUGUGGUGCUGAGUGGAAUGUGCAUAGCUGCAGUUGUUGGUCUCAUCCUUCACAGACUGGACAGACAUCCUGCAGUAGUGGAGAAAAGUCCAUCCUUAAAACUGGAUGAAGAGCUAUUAGUCGGUUCGGCCUGCGGCUCUUGGAUCACAUCAUGGGGAUCUAUUUUGGCAGUCAUUUACGCUGAAAGUCACCCAACCUAUACUUGGUAUAAUUUACCUUAUUCUAUUUUAGUCCUGAUUGAAAAGUACAUCCAAAACCUUUUCAUAAUUACAUACAUACACCGCAAGGAUGAGAAAAUAUGUACUGAUACAAUUCCCAAUAUAUAUAUGAAGCAACCUCAACUUGCAUCAUCUGAUGACAAUAAUCAUGUAGGACCGUGUGGCGGACCAGAUGUGCGAGAGAAUGGUUCUUUAUCUAAUAAUAAUAAUGUUGACAAAAAAGAAAAAGAAGAAAAUAAUUCAAUUCCUGCUUUUGAUCACAUGCCAAGCAACAAUACAAAUCCAGGGAAUGGUGGAUUAAAGAAACAAGUGCUAAGAAACAUUACAGUUGCCCUAUUCAUCAGCAAUAUCUCGCUGUGGAUCCCACCAGCUUUUGGUUGUCGUCCACAAUAUGAUAAUGGAUUGGAAGCUGUUGUUUUCGGCUUAAUUCCAUGGAUUUUUAUUAUUGAUAUUGCACUCCCAUUUUCCAUAUUCUACAGAAUGCACUCUGCCUAUUCGCUUUUUGAUGUGUACUGCAAAAUAUGAACAUUUUCAAUAGUGAUUAUCCACUAAAACAAAGAUAAGGUCGAUUACAUCAACGAACAACCUAAUAUCUCCUGAACAAUUGGACAUUUUAUAUUUUCUGUAGAUGUGAUGUGUUUAAUUAAUUUUACAUUUCUUAAUUCUAGGAUAUAUUUGAUUUUUAUAUUUCUAAGAAAUCUUA